AUGGUUGUACCCAGUCAAGGUGAGAUGCAGGGCUUCCCAGCCCAGUCAGUCUGGAAGCUGAUGACAGACUUUGGUCGGAGAGGGACUGAGAGAAAGAAGGCAUCAUUCAAACGAACGGCAGUGCUGGAUGAAGUGGUGGCACACAGACUUCCAGGUGCUUCAUCAACGCGAUGGAACUUCCACAGUCGAGCUGUUAACACCGUUUACGAGCACAAAGACGAACUGGUUGAGUGCUUCCAAACCAUUCGAGACAGAGGAGACUUUAAUGCCAUAUCGAAGAGAGAGGCCGGGGGUUGUAUGAGAAUGUUGGACGAUGAGGUUUUCUGUUUCAUCCUGGCGUUAUUCCACAAAAUCAUGCCACAUGUAGACAUGCUGUUUAACCAUCUGCAGAAGAGGAACAUAGACUCUGUCUUCAUCGCAGGGAUCAUUCAGAGGUUCACUCACAGCAUACAGGCCAUCAGGGACUCCGUUCCUUCUCUAGUUGAGGAUGAGGAGUAUAGGGGACCUGUACAGGAACCACCCCUGAAGAAACGGAGGGCAAUGGGAGAAGAAACGCAACAGCAUCUGGCAAUAGAGGUAUGUGAUACCAUUAUGAGCCAUGCCAAGGAGAGGUUUUCUUUCACCAAUCAUCUCAUCAGUGCCACUCUGUUGCAAGGAGACUUGUUUCCACAACACAGCAGAAAGUUCACGGAUUCAGCACUAGGAACCACGGUGGAUGCCUAUCCCAUGUUGGACAAAGCCAGACUUAAAACAGAACUGUCCCUGAUCUUUGAAAAUGAGGACUUCCAGGGUUGCAGUGGUGCACUGGCUCUCUUUCAGGUUGUAAUGGAAAAUAACCUUCAAGACACAUUCACCGAAACUGUAAGUCUUCUCAAGAUCCUCAUCACCACACCCAUGACAACAGCAGAAUCAGAGAGGAACACAAUGGCACAAGAUCGCCUCUACGCUCUGGCUAUGCUCUCUAUAGAGAAAAAACUCACACGGGACAUUCCAGAUUUCAACACAAGGGUCAUUGAGAGAUUUGCCACUCAGAAAGAUAGACGAGCAAAGUUCCUGUACAAAUAA